AUGCGGAGAAGCAGGACCAAGCCGAAGGAGCUUUCAAAGGACUCUCUUAGGAAGUCGAGGAGCCAGAGCACCUUCAGAUCCAAGGAAACUCCACUGACCCCCAAGAGGGCAGAGAUCCAACUCCAGGAGACCCCCAGGCCCAGCUGGACCCGGGCCCAGAGUACCUCCCGCUUUGGCCAACUCAGCCACAACUCUUUCUUCUCCAGACACAGUCCUCAUCCCAACCAAUUGGCUUAUAUUCAAGAUCUCCCUGGACAUCACAUCAGCACUGCAAAAGACAACAUAUGUAAGUUCUCACUGCCUAGAGAACCUUCGCCUGCCCCCAAUUAUUCCAUCGCCAUGCUAGGAGCACUGCCCCGAACCCAGGCGCCUGUCGGAGACCCACGGUCCCUUGUGGAGCCCCGCUUAACCCUGAGUACGCAGUCAAAUGUCUGGCGAGAGGAGCUGAAAGAACUGGCCUCCAGAGUAGCCGCCUUCUCCAAAGAGGCCGAGGUAAAGAAGAAGGAGAAGGAAGAGGCAGAGAGGUUGGCCCAGUAUUCUGCAAACACUGGGAGGCUCAUCCCAGGCUACCAACGGACCAUGACAAGCCGAACACCCCGAACCUCCCACAGAAGCAUCCUUUGGAACAAAGACUUGGCACCCAUUGUCCAGGACCAAGAGCUACUGAUUCUAGAACUGCUGUGUCAGAUCCUACAGACAGACUCUCUGAGUGCCAUCCAGUACUGGCUUAUCUCAGCUAACCCCAGGGAAAAGGACCUAGUCCUGGGCCUCCUCCAAACAGCCGUGGCCCAGCUGAUACCCAAUCCCCUGAUGAUCAUGCCAGAGGAGAAGACCAUGUCAACUAUGUCCACCAAAACUUUAUCUACCCCCAAAUCGGCAUUGCUCGGCCAAGGCCCGACACCACAGAGGAGUCCGAAGUCCAGUCACCAUCAACUAAAGGCAAAGCCAGAACAUGUACCGUCAUGUGAAAAACCAGAAUACAUCGGCAAUGCUGAGGUUCUACAAUUUAAUGAGAGUCCAGAGAACAGAAAGAAGAAAAUCUAA